UAUAGUUAAGCUUUAUUAAUUUCACUAUACUUGUUACCAAUUAAUAUUCUAAUGUUGCCUGGAGACAGCAUGUAUACUAAGAAGCUUUGUAGUUCAGACAGAUCUAGAUCUUAAUCAGGAUUAAAUGAGCAUAUGGAAAGCACACAAUGCCUAGCACACAGUAUGUACACAAUAUGGAACAGAACUGAGUAAUAGAUGAACUAUCCUUACUGAUAGAUCUUUGACUCUUGUCAACUCUGGCUGAAUUCCUGAACUUCAAUUCUGGGUCUCUAAUGACCAGCUAAAGCACUAGACAAUUACUUCUGAAUGUGUUUGCCAUGUUUCAAAUUCACCAUCCAAAACUGAACUUAAAUUCUCAACUGAUAUUUCAUGGAGAAUUUCUAAUUUUGUUAACGAUGGGUACUUUGAAUUGCCCAGUCACCCAGAGCUUAAAAUCUAGUAUUCAUUUUUGAGUCACCCCCUCGCCUCCUGUUAAAACCUGGAAAUCUUCUCUCAGCUACCAUCCCUUCACAGGCAAAUUCAGAAAAAUUAUAGAUACUUCCCUACUAAUCAACUUUUAUUGAUAAAUCAAAGUCAUACUCAGGAGCAAGACUGUUAAAUAUGCCUACUUCCAAGAGAUGAUAUAAAAUGGUCCUGCAUGGUCAUUUAAGUCUUUGCUCUCUUGUUUGCUCUCUCCAUGCUUCAUUUUGAAGUGUUUAUGGAUAUUGUUAAAUCCAGCAAAGUCAAUAAACACCAAAAACCAGAAGAACGUUGAAAGUGUUGACAAACAGGUCCAACUGAAUUCAUCAUCGUUUCUCACGUAUGUGAAGACUUCCUCUUGAAGUUCUCUGGCCAAUGAGACCACCAAUACAAAAGCAAAAGACCUGGGAGUCAUCUAUGACUUAAAAAGGUCACUCUCCCCAAUACGUCUGUGUCCUAAUCCCUGGAGUUUGCAAAAGUUACUAUUAUGGCAAAGACUUUACAGAAAAUCUCCAGUAAAAGUGAUUUACUCAAAAGUCACCAAGGAGUGCUGAAAUCACUAAGUAAAAGCACCAGAGAAAAAGCAGCAGGGGAGAGGGGGAAAACAGUGAGGUCUCAGGCUCGACCAGCGCCCAGAUGGGGGACGCGUGGUGUCAGCCCCUCGGCGGGCGCACCCCGAAGACACAGGUGGCGAGAAGUGGCUGGCCCAGACCCCCGCUGGGACCGGGCGGCCCUCUCGCCCUCCCCUCCCCAUUACCUGCGGGCGGCGGUGCCGGGGCCCGGAGGCCUGGUGCUCCUCCUCCUCCUCCCCGCCAGGCUGAGGCGGCGAGGUGGCGGCGGCGGCGGCGGCGACAGCCCGGGGGGAGGGGGCGGAGCGCGCGGCUCGCUGCCUCUCUCCUCCCCCGGGAGGCUGAGGGGACCCUAUCUCGGGCCGCCGCGCCUAGGCCCGUGGACAGCCUGUGGCUGGGGCAUGGCGGUACAACCAGCAGCGUGCCUGCGAGGACUCAGACCCCUGGAGAGUGAUCUCCUCUGAGCCCCUGGUGUGAAAUAAGCCUCCUGCCUUCCAAGAUCUCCGAGUGCCACUUGGUGCCUUCGCCAGGUGAUCCAGACCAGGCUCCGUAACAGAACAAGUCAUGUCGGCUACCACCACUACAUCGUGAUUCCAAUCCAUUAACAAGUCUUGAAUUUGUCCAUUCCUGUUGCCACCAUCCUAAUCUAAAAUACCAGUAGUUUGGGGGCACCUGAGUGGCUCAGUUGGUUAAGAGUCCAACUUUGGCUCAGGUCAUGAUCUCGAGAUUCUUGAGUUCAAGCCCCUGGCUGACGGCUCUGAGCCUGAAGCCUGCUUCAGAUUC